CCAAAAAUAGGCUGUCUGUGUCUCGGCAACACAUUCAUAAACGGGCUGACACUAGGCUGUCGACCGUGGACGGAGAACAGAAGAGCACAUUUCAUCACAAAUAUAAUACGAGGGGUUCGUUUGAUACGUGAAUAAGAUUGUAAAGUUUGUUGUCACUUGACCUGCGUAGGCUACACUAUGGAGAUCCAGAGCGUGGAAUAGAGACGGACGGAGUAGCCUAUCACAUCUAAACCGAUGAUGAGCGGGGUUACCUCUGCCACAGGCUCGGCUUCGUGCCGCUUCGCCCAGUACUUCGUGGUGUGUGGAUUGGAUACGGAGACUGGUCUAGAACCCGAAGAAUUAGCUGGUGAGAGCUUUGAGCAGAGCCCCAUCCGGAGGUCCUUCAAGUCCAAGGUUCUGUCCCACUACCCUGAGAGCACAGACAGGAGUCCCUUCAACAGAGAUGCAGUCAACAUGCUCUGCAUGCCGCGGGGCCUGUCGUUCCGUAGUCAGGCGGACAGCCGUGACUCCCGCUUCCACUCCUUCACGGUCGCUCGGGACGACGGCACACACUCCUACGGCUUUGUGCACAUGUACUACGAGGAGGUGACGAGCGCCCAGAUCACCGCGGCGAUGCAGACCCUCCAUCAGAUGCACCACGUGGAGCAUCACUCCACCUCUUCUUCAUCCCGCUCUACCUCCUCUGCCUCCUCCCCCUCCACAUCCAGCAUGGACUCUCUGGUGAGCAGCCUGGACGAGUCGGAUGCUCCUUCUCUGGCAGAGCGUCCCCUGAUGGCUUGUUUGGGCUGCACAUCGGGCUCCUUCCAGCCGGCCCGGGACACCCUGUAUGUCUCCAAGGCCCUCUGCCUCCUGACGCCCCUCCCCUUCCUCCUCGCCGCCCGCCACUUCCUGUCCCAGCUGCACCAGGCGGUGACAUCGCACGCCGCCCCGCCGCUGCCCCUAGAGAGCUACAUCCACAACAUCCUGUAUGAGGUGCCCGCACCGCCGCCUGGUCGGUCGCUCCGGUUCCACGGGGUCCAGGGGCCCAUUGUGUGCCAGCAGCCCGGCCCAGAGGAGCUCCCGCUGGGGGACUACCCACUGGGAGAGGCCUUCUCUCUGCUGGGGGUGGAGAACCUGGUGAGACUGCUCACCUCUGUGCUACUGGAGACCCAGGUCCUGCUUUACUCACAAGACUACCAGCGGUUGAUGACUGUGGCAGAGGGCAUCACCACCCUGCUGUUCCCGUUCCAGUGGCAGCAUAUCUACCUGCCCAUCCUGCCCGCUCCCCUGCACCACCUCCUGGAUGCACCAGUGCCCUUCCUCAUGGGUAUCCAGAGGAGGGACGGUACUCAACGCUCCACUCUGGAUCUGUCCAAUGAGGCCAAUCUGUGCUUCGUGGACAUUGACAACCACUGCGUGGAUCCACCCGAGGACCUGCCCCUCUUCCCAGACCAGCUGGAGCUCAUCCAGGAGCUGAACGAGGUUCUGCUGCGCUUCGGCCUCCAGCCAUACGGGGGUGCUACAACCACCAUGCCCGCCCCUGCCGCUCCCCCCUGCCUCAGCAGCCUAGUCCUGGAGGACCUGAUGGAAGACCGGCGCAAUGGGAACCUGGGAGGGGAGGAGUUGGCCGUGCUGGAACGACUGCAAGCACUGGCCAGGAGGUGUGGAGGAGGGGGAAUGGCGGGAGGGAAGACGCUGGGACGGGCGUUCGAGGAGGAAGAGGAGGAGCUGAAGGCAGCCAAGAUGAAUGUACAGCUGAGGGAGGUGUUCGCGGGGCGUUUCACCUCCAUGUUCGGGAGGUACGAAGAGUUUGUGAUCCACAGCGCUCCCGACCUGGAGUCCUGGCUGGGCAACCGUGAGGGAACGAGCAACUUUGAUAAGGGCUCUUUCCUGUCGGCGCAGCCUGCCACACACCUACGCUUCCUGUCUCGGUUCCUGGAGACGGCCAUGUUUUCAUCGUUCGUAGACAGCAAGGUGUUGUCUCGCUGGGCAGACCGGGAGCCACUGCAGCGCAUGUUCGACAAGCGCUUGGAGAGGGAGCGCCUCUACAACACGUUCGAGGACGAUCCUGGCAACCGUCACUACAGGAAGUGCACAGUGCUCCAUGAGUCAGUCCAGGCCAUGGAGCGCAGGCUGCUUAAGGCUGACCACACGGCCAUCCACCCCCACCUGUUGGACAUGAGGAUUGGCCAGGGCCGACACCAACAGGGCUGCUUCCCCAGGCUACAGGCUGAUGUACUGGCACAGGGACACCACACCAACAAGUGGUCAAGUCGUUACAUCCCUAAGAGACCAGUGACCACUGAGACCACCUCAGGACUGGACAAUGACCAGAGAGAGAAGUUCUCUCCGGGGAGGAGGAGCCUAUGCCAGUCUAAGCUGCUUGACCCCUCCCCCUCAGCUGUCACUCAAACCCAGCGUGGGUUCGUGGAGGGGCUGCUGAGGGAGUGUCGUGUGAAGACCAGGCGUAUGCUGAUGGAAAGGAUGGGCAAGGAGAGUGUGGAGCUGGGGCAGGGCGAGGCCAAUAUUACAGGCCUGCAGGAGAACAGACUGAUCCACAGCCUCUGUGACCUGCUGGAGAGGACCUGGGGCCACGGGCUACAGCUCAAACAGGGGAGGUCGGCUCUGUGGUCCCACCUGCUCCACUACCAGGCCAACGAGGAGAAGAUGGAGUCGCCUUCAAAUGCCGAGUCUCCAGUGUCCAAUGGGUCGGACAGCAGGAGGCUGGAGGAGGGGCUUCCACCGCCGAAGGGCUCCUUUGUACAGGAUAUGAGGUUUGUCCAGACCAUGAGUGGGGGUCUCAGUGAAGUGGGUCAGGCCCGGGCCUGGAUUCAUCUGGCCCUGGAGAAGAAACUGCUCUCACAACACCUCAAACUGCUGCUGGCCAACCAUGACCUGAUUAGGCAGCUGUAUAAGCCUUAUGCAUUCCUGCUGUGUGAGGAGGAGAGGGAGCAGUUUCUGUUCCACCUGCUGUCGCUCAACACUGUAGACUACCUCUGCUUCACACGCAAAUUCACCUCCAUCAGCAUUCCGUACCGUGUUGUCAUAAUGUCCAUGAAGAAGCUGAGCAUUGCCAUGACAAUGUCCAACCCCUGGGUGUGUGUUUCUGGCGAGCUAGGUGACUCCGGGAUCAGGCAGAUUCCCAAGAACACACAGGAGAUCUUCUUCCAGUGUCAGAACCUGGGCAGACUGAGCACCCUGCAGUUGGGCCAGGAGAACUCUGGCCUGCUGGCUAAGUGUCUGGUGGACUGUGUAAUUGUGCACAAUGAGAUCACUGGACACACCUACAGGUUCCCGUGCGGCCGCUGGCUGGGGAAGGGUGUGGGUGACGGAAGCCUGGAGAGGGUGCUGAUUGGUCAGCUGGUGGCGCCCGGAGGAGAGGAUGAUUCUGGGAGGUGGACGGGGACUCCCCCAGAGCAGGGCUCGCCCCCACAGAGCGGACGCACGGGGAGUCUGGGGUCUCUGGGCCGCAGCAACAAGCUCUCCUCUGUCCAGGUGCAGGAGGAUACGAGGGAGGCAGUGAACAACCUUGUCAAGCACUUCCACAAAGCAGAGCAGGAGAGGGGGAACCUGACUGCUCUGCUCUGUGGAGAGGGGGGGCUGGUGCGCUCCCUGGAACAGUUCCUCCUCCACGGCUUUAAGUCCUCGCGCCUAUUUCAAAGGAGUGUGUUCAUAUGGGACUUUGUGGAGAAAGUGGUGGUUUCCAUGGAGACUGCGGAUCAGAUGGGUGACUUGAGGGAGUCAACAGAACUAUGUGACUCGCUGUGUCACUAUGCCAACGCCAUCAACGCUUCGCCACGGAACAUCGGAAAGGAGGGCAAGUUCCAGCUGCUGGUCUGCCUGGGAAUCAGGGACCGGCUGCUGCCCCAGUGGCUUCACCUAUUGGCCGAGUGCCACCUGACGGCUGUUCAAUACGAGAAGUCAGCGCUGGUCCGGGAUCGUGCCGCCGUCCACACUCUCUCCCGUGUCCUCCACACCCUCCACGAGUUCUCCAUCACCCUGGAGACCACCCUGGUCAAGGGGGUGGACCUCUAACCCCACCGCCGCUGAGGACAUUGGUGAAAUGGCGUUUUAACCCCUAUCCACAGACUGCGCAACGCACACAAGGUGGCUGGGCCUCAAUAGUGUCGUGACUGCCUCUCCCUGUGUCCUCUCCUUCGGUUCCGCACCGAUCAUGACAGGUGUAAGUAAGAAGUGACACAAGCCCAUCAUUGGAUCAUCACUUCAAUCCUGUCAGAUCUAGUGAGGGAGAGGACACGAGGACAGGAAGUCACUUUAGACAAUUGAGAUGCAGCGCCUGCCUGGUCAGAACUGGACAGCUGAACUCUCACGACAAGAGAGGAAGUGACAAUGGGAGACCUUUUUGGGGUGUGAGUCUAGGAGAGGGAUGGAACACCAAAGACAAGCCACUGACCUGGCAGCUUCUGCAGGCCUAUUAUAUUGCCACAGCAGGCCUAUUGCCUCAUUCGCUGAUGCAUAUGUCAUAUCUAUUGAAGUUACAAUGACAUACAUACAUGCAUGCAUGCAUACAUGCAUACAUGCAUACAUACAUACAUACAUGGGUGCAACUUUCAUUUUCGUCCCCUUGAGUUGUAUUAUUGGAAUGUGAUACAAAACGAGGCAACGGUGUGCUUUAGGACCAUGCGGACGCCUCCGAGCGGUCAAGUUGGCUGUUUGGCGUGUUUAUCCGAAUGGAUAAAUAUAUAUAUAUAUAAUAACUUUCGCCCUCACUUCUAAAACGAAAGUUGCGCCCCGACGUACGUACAGGAAACAACAGUAUUGCAUUUCUUAUUUUCCUAAUUUACACUGUGAUCUGUCUCUUGGAGUGAGGCGGAGUGAUACCCUUAACCAACCAGCUUUGAUGUCUCAGCUCAUACUGUGAAGGGCAAGGGAGAAAAGAGUUGUGAUGAACUUUGACUCCACCUACCUGUCCUGCCCCUACUUAACCCAAGUCGUAUUGCUGUUAUGCUUGCCCUUGGCAUAUAAACCUGACAUGCAUGGCCAUAUCAGGGGUGUAUUCACUAUGAACCAAACAGCCCGAAAUGAGGAGGGACUAAACUCAACGCUCGUUAUCGUUGCAAAACAUUUUUGCUAUGGUUCGCACCGGUGUGCCCUAAUGAAUACACCCAAUGUUUUUCCUUUCUCUCAGUGAUGCAGUCUCUAGCUAAAGUUAUUCUGCUGCCCGAUUGUCUGUAUUAUUAUGGUAUGGACAUUGUGAAUGGAUUAUUUCUCAUUUAAAAAUUAAUGGAGAUUAAGGAUAGUUACUCUGCUCAAACUGGUGUAGAUUUUUGUUCGCCAACACUUGAUAAUAACUUUCCUGAAUGAACCAUCAUAAAUGCUUUAUAAACUAUAAAUGUUAUAAAAUGUAAUGCUUAAAAAUACUUUAAUAGUUUAUGAAUGCCUUUCAUGAAAGUUGAUGUAAAAACUCUGUUUAAAUUGUCUCUGUGCAGCAGUUGCCUGGUCCUGUACGUCAGGUUUUAUUUGACUGACUGAAACCCUAGCACCACUACUCUUCUCAAUGUUCCCUGACUCGGGCCGGUUUCUGUAGCCCUGUCUGUUUAUCGUUCUAUAGACUUUUUGCCUCCUACAGGAUCAUUCUGGCUUUACUGACAAAAAUUUAGAAAAUAUUGGUUUGAAAUAUUGAAAAUGGUCUUUUGUCAAUUCAAAUGUUUUUUUUUUUUAAUACUGUGACUAUUUGAACGUUGCUUUGUAAGAAGUUGUCCUUCAGUCAUACAAUGUUACCAUAGACUUUUCAGUUGAUAGGGGAGUUCUCUAUCUGUCUACAUUUCUGUUGACAAAAAAAUUGCAUUUUGUUUUCUAAAUGUCAUGUUGCUUAUGUAAUUGUAAUUGCUUGGUCAAAACAUUUAGGUUUUUCUUCGAAAACAAGCUUGAUAUUGAUAUUACAUUUAGCUUUUUUUGUUGAUAAGAUGGAAAAUGUCAUCUCCUGCACUGUUUUUUGUCAAACCCGCAAUGAUGAAGUCUCUAGCUUAUUAUUAUUUGAAAAUUGAUAUUAGGCUAAGUACUAAUCUAUUAUUUUCAAUAUUAAUGAAUUGUGUUAAAGAUUAAAGUCUGCUAAAAUAUAAAACUGA